AAUAUAAUCAUGUUGAAGUCAUUUAUCUUUGCAUCUUUACUUUUAAUGUGUAUCAAAGUGGACGCAGAUGAUAUUCCGGGUGGAUAUCCGAUAAAUACAUUUGGUUGUAUUUAUCCGUGUUAUUAUGGGCCAGAAGAAGAGCAAUGCAAAGAAUUCUGCAAAUACUUAGGGGGAUCAUAUGGAUAUUGUUAUUUCUACGCUUGUUACUGCGAAUAUCUCCCGGAAACUGUUCCGCAACUCAAAGAGCAAAAAUAUUUUGGUUGUUCCAACGGACAAUGGGAGAUAACUACUACAGAAGAACCUUGACCGUCUUUACUCUGAAACAAAAAUUAUUAAAUUUUCUGUUAGUGAAACGCUU